AAAACAAAAAACAAGAAAAAAGAUACGAGUAAGAGACAGCGUUUUUGAUUGAAUAUUGUGUUGUUGAAAUUGUUGAAAUGGAAGGUUUCGUUAAGAGAUCGGUUAUGUCGAAGCUAGUUAAGUCAGUUGAAAUACGAAUGACUCGACGUAUCGAGAAAUUCUAAGGAAAAGAAACAAAUAUCGCGAAGGUCAUUCGGAUAUAAAAUGGUGUCAAUCUAAAUUUACGCGCUACUUCGAUGAUCAUGCGUACGCUUGUUCGAGAUCCACUUUUUUCUUUUCCUUCUAUUUAAACGUGAAUCGUUCUUUAACUCUGUUACACAAAUGCAGAAACAUUAAUUGCGACGGUUGCAAGGAUAAUUUCUCGAAAUGACAAAGAUAAUGUUAAUGGAGUAACGCGACGUCUCGCAUUGUCAGGGCAACGAAUUAAGUUUUCCCCGUGAUAGGAGAGCCUUACACGGCAUUGCUCUUCAGAGAAUGAAGAUAUCGAUCGACGUGAAAGUCGAUGGGGGAACAAUGUAACUCGUUCUCGAGUUAACGAGUCAAGUUUUUCUUUAAACAUUUAAAGAAUCUCUCCUAGCGAUAAUGCGAGACAAUGAAUGCUCAACACCUGCAGCUUGGUUAUAUUCAACGGUGAAUACAAACGUACAUAUGUGUAGGUAUAUACCGAUCAACGAAAUUAUCUAUUAGAAAUCUUGACAGCUUCAACGCGAGCAGAGCGAUCGUUUUGUUAGUAGGAAACGAGCAGCGCGCAACAAAUACGUACAAACGAUUCCAAGACGGAGAUAGACGUAUCUAUAUUUCGAAAUAAGGAAACUAAACGAGAGCCUCGAAUGUAAAUUCAAAUAGCGAGAGAAAGAGGAGGGCGUAAAUAAUAGUGGUAGGGAGAGAUUCGACGAAUCUCGUAGAGACCUCAAUGGUUAUGCACUCGUUAGUCGAGCGAGAACCGUCGCCGGAAUGACCUCGCUUAUCUAAACUCGCGUUCAAACCUUACUUCUUCCACUUUUACCUCCUUGUCUUUCUUACUUUUUAUCUUUUCUUUUUCUUUUCUUUCCCCUCCCCCCUCCAAGCUCCAUCCAGAGAUUCCAACGUUCAUGAGGACGGAUUUACUAGCCUUCUCGUAACGAUCCGUGUGCGCGGUCCGUACGCGAAAAUCUAAUAAUACGCGUGCGUGUCCCAUAUAGAUUCCGUAUUAUUGACGUGUACACACGUACGUACGUGUCUCUGCGUUUAACGAGUCAAUUGUGUGUACAGGAAAAAGGUAAAAUAAUUCGUAUAUCGAAACAAAGCCGAAGACGAUUGAAUCGAAGAGCGGGCUCUGGUAGAAGAUUGCUAAGUGAUUUAACGGAGACAAAAGCGUCGUCCUCUUUUUCGUUGAUUUUAUUUAACAUUGAGCGUCGUGCAAGACCAUCCACAGAUUUUCUCGCGUAUCUUGCUUUUCUGCUACUAUUUCAAGGAGAUAAAAUACGCUUGUUUAUUCUUUUCGCGAGAACGGGAGCCAAAACGAUAAGGACCAAAACGAAGACGAAAAGUGAAAUCGUGGCGUACGUCGCUUGGAAAUAUACAUCGAAGAGAGAAACGUUGUUGGCGCCUUGUCUAAUCGCCUGGCACGAUGGCUUGCAAAGUUACUAAGCCCGAACGAUGGCCGAUCCACGCGGCUUCAAACCAAUAAAUCAGUUGUGGCAGAGCGUGGCAGUAUCAACGGAUCCGGAUUCGGAAUACUUGUACGAGGAGAUUUCGGGCCUUUCGGGGUCCCAGGAUACCGAGGCAGGGCCGGCGGGGGCCGCCGUCGUUGGAGAGGAGGAAGAGGGAGAGGAGGAAGAAGAAGAGGGAGGAGAGGGAGAAGGAGAGGAGGAGGAGGAGGAAGAGGAAGAAGAGGAGGAGGACGAGGACGACGAGGAGGAAGAGAGAGGACUUGGACGACGAGAAGAAAUUAAUAGCAGCAGGAGUAACAGAGAUUGGUGGAGAUAUCGCGAUACCGAGAGUAUCGGCACCACCAUCAUCGCGACUAGCAAGAAAACAGGCGACUCGAGGUCGCGAAGCAGAUCGGCCGACAGGCCAUCAUCGAGCGAGAGGAAAAAUAUCGGUAGCAGGGUGGAGGAGGAGCAAUAUGCCGCGCGCAGGAGUUACAUGGAGUCCGGUACAGGAGCCGUAUUGCCACCUCCUGCGACCGCUCUCAAGCUGACCAGGGGGCGAACAAGCAGCAGCACCGUUGCUCGGUACCUGCACUCGGCCAGUACCAAUACCGGCCAACAUUAUCACCAUCAUCAUCACGGCUUACACAGUCAACAUCCGGCCGGAGGUGCGACCAGGCCGAGCGUCAGGCAUCAUCAUCAACAUCGCUCAAGCCGCGGAUUCUUCAGUAAUGAGACGCAGGAAGAGAUACAGGAGGACGAUGAAGCUACUCUACGGGAGUUGCUUGUAAGUCUGCAGAAACAGGUCAGCGUUAUGAGUAUGAACUUGAGUGCCAAGUUGGACGAGCUGCAGCGGGGUGACCGCCAGCUGGAGACUACUGUCGCCCUGUGUGAGAUACGCACGCAGCUACAGGAGCUCACCAAAAGUGUUGAGUCUUGCCAGAGUGAAGUCAGCGAGGUGAAGAGGGAUAUGGUUGCAAUUAAGCACGAGCUAGACACUGUGCAGCAAGUAAAAGAAGAGAUAGAGGAAUUACGAGAAUAUGUAGAUCGUCUGGAAGAACAUUCACACCGGCGAAAACUCAGACUGUUGGAACAGGGCUUAACAUUUUUCUUAUCGUAUGCAAUAUUGGCGGCUGUUUUGGGCAUGUUGCAAUUUGGAUAUAACACAGGAGUCAUUAACGCUCCCGAAGUGAAUAUAGAGAAUUUUAUGAAAGAUGUAUACAAAAAUAGAUACGGAGAGGAUAUUACUGACGACUCUGUUAAGAAACUGUAUUCUAUAGCGGUGAGCAUAUUUGCGAUUGGUGGUAUGCUAGGUGGUUUUAGCGGAGGAAUAAUUGCCAACAGAUUUGGCAGAAAGGGGGGCUUACUGCUAAACAACGUGCUGGGCAUCGUGGGGGCAUGCCUGAUGGGUUGUACAAAGAUUGCUCACUCUUACGAAAUGUUGUUCUUUGGACGGUUCAUCAUCGGUGUCAAUUGUGGCUUAAAUACCUCAUUGGUUCCCAUGUACAUAUCGGAAAUAGCACCACUGAACCUAAGAGGUGGCCUAGGCACGGUGAACCAGCUCGCUGUUACGGUGGGCCUCCUGGUCUCCCAGGUGCUGGGCAUCGAGCAAAUCCUUGGGACAAACGAGGGUUGGCCUGUUCUCUUAGGAUUAGCUAUCUGUCCUGCCAUUCUACAAUUAUUAUUGCUUCCAAUAUGUCCCGAAUCUCCAAGAUACUUACUUAUUACUAAACAAUGGGAGGAAGAAGCACGGAAAGCUUUAAGAAGAUUAAGAGCUAGCAAUCAGGUAGAGGAAGAUAUCGAAGAGAUGAGAGCAGAGGAAAGAGCUCAACAAGCUGAAUCCACGAUCUCUAUGACAGAACUUAUAUGUAGUCCAACAUUAAGAGCACCUCUUGUAAUUGGUGUGGUCAUGCAACUUUCACAACAGCUGUCUGGUAUUAAUGCCGUAUUUUACUAUUCUACGAGUUUGUUCACCAGUUCAGGUUUAACAGAGGAAAGUGCUAAAUUUGCAACCAUAGGCAUAGGUGCCAUUAUGGUUGGUAUGACGCUAGUUUCGAUCCCACUUAUGGAUAGGACAGGAAGACGUACCUUACAUUUGUACGGUCUUGGUGGCAUGUUUAUCUUUUCAAUAUUCAUCACAAUUUCGUUUCUUAUAAAGGAGUUUUUUGGUUACGUACAGGAAAUGAUUGACUGGAUGUCCUAUCUAUCGGUCGUAUCGACGCUUAGUUUCGUGGUAUUCUUUGCUGUGGGGCCUGGAUCUAUUCCUUGGAUGAUUACAGCAGAGUUGUUUUCGCAAGGCCCUAGACCUGCUGCUAUGUCCAUUGCAGUUCUUGUCAAUUGGAUGGCUAAUUUUUUGGUUGGCAUUGGUUUUCCAAGCAUGAAGUCUAGCCUUGAAAACUACACGUUCCUACCGUUCAGUGCAUUCCUAGCCAUCUUCUGGAUCUUCACUUACAAGAAGGUUCCUGAGACCAAAAAUAAAACCUUUGAAGAAAUUCUAGCUUUAUUCAGACAUGGUAACGACAGAAGCAGCUUGCGAGACAGCAGACUUUACGGGAGCAUGCUAAACUGUGUGAAUGCAUUAGAGGGACACAUACCGCCAGCAGAGAGUGCAGCCCUGAUGGUGGCAGAAGAGAAGCCACAUCCAGAUUCAUUUGUGUUUGCAGCUGGAUCCGAGCGAUCUUCCGUCGCUCCCGCUCAACCGGAGAGGCCACCGCCCCCGCUUCCCCCGCCACGCUUUCCGAACAGCGGUGUCUGACAAUGGGAAACAACUCCUCUUAAUAUUGGUAAUCUGAUGAUCAUGAACACUCCUAUUCCACUACCAUUGCUACUCACCACGAACAGUCUCAAUCUGGAGAAUCAGCUUUACGAGAUUAUCACGGAGAGUAGCAAAGCUUGUGCAGUCUUUUUGAGGAACAGUUUACGUCGUGCUACGAAUGCGACGAAUUCCGGAUGGAGCUACGUUGAGAACCUGGAACGUGCCAGGACCUACGAAGAAUCCUGAAGAGAGAGAGAGAGAGAGAGAGAGAGAGAGAGAGAGAGAGAGAGAGA